CGUCCGUGGCGUUGUUCGUUUGUCCGUGAUGCUUUUUGGCUCUCCUCCUCCUCCCUCCGAGUCUCUGUCUUUCGCCCUCCACUUUACUAUCUUUACUCCUCCUUCCUCCACGUGAAAAAACGCUUCACACUUUCAGAGGCUCAGCCCCUGCAAAAUGGACGAGUCAGAUCACUCCUUCUGAGCUCCCCAGUUGAUCUCUCACCCUCAGUUCGAGCAUCAAGCCUGAUUCAUUGAAAGCUUCAGUUGGAAAAAUGGAGUCCUGUGAUUGCGUAGAUGCACAAUGGCCCCCGGAUGAGUUGCUGGUGAAAUAUCAGUACAUAUCUGAUGUGUUCAUUGCCCUUGCCUAUUUCUCCAUUCCCUUGGAGCUCGUAUAUUUUGUGCAGAAAUCCGCUUUCUUUCCGUACAGAUGGGUGCUUAUGCAAUUCGGUGCUUUCAUUAUUCUUUGUGGAGCAACCCAUUUCAUAAAUGUCUGGACUUUCUCUAUGCACACCAAGACCGUUGCUAUAGUUAUGACUGUUGCCAAGGUUUCGUGUGCCGUUGUAUCGUGUGCUACCGCUCUAAUGCUCGUUCACAUUAUCCCUGAUUUGCUAAGCGUCAAGAGCCGGGAGCUGCGUCUGAAGAACAGAGCUGAAGAGCUUGACAGGGAGAUGGGGCUCAUGCUCACUCAGGAAGAAACAGGAAGGCAUGUUAGAAUGCUGACUCAUGAAAUUCGAAGCACAUUGGAUAGGGACACUAUAUUGAAAACUACCCUUGUUGAGUUGGGUAGAACUUUAGGCCUCGAGGAAUGCGCGUUGUGGAUGCCGUCCAGAACCGGUAUGAACCUACAGCUUCAUCACACUCUGAACUACCAGAUACAAGUUGGGUCUACUGUGUCAAUAAACCUUCCUGUGGUCAAUGAAGUCUUCAAUAGUUCUCGAGCAAUUCGUAUACCAUACACCUGCCCACUGGCCAGGAUCAGACCGCUUGUGGGAAGAUAUGUGCCGCCUGAGGUUGUUGCUCUACGGGUACCCUUAUUGAAUCUUUCGAAUGAAAUCAAUGACUGGCCGGAUCUCUCUGCCAAAAGCUACGCAAUCAUGGUAUUGAUUCUACCCACUGAUAGCACCAGAAAAUGGCGAGACCAUGAAUUGGAGCUCGUUGAUGUUGUCGCAGAUCAGGUAGCUGUUGCUCUUUCACAUGCUGCUAUUAUGGAAGAGUCUAUGCGAGCCCGUGCUCAGCUCGUGGAGCAGAACAACGCUUUAGAUUUAGCUCGGAGAGAAGCAGAGAUGGCAAUCCAUGCUCGCAAUGAUUUCCUUGCUGUCAUGAACCAUGAAAUGAGGACACCAAUGCAGGCAAUCAUUGCAUUGUCUUCUCUUCUGUUAGAGACGGAGCUGACUCCGGAACAAAGGCUUAUGCUAGAGACAGUUCUAAAGAGUAGUAACCUUUUGGAAACACUUAUUAAUGAUGUUUUAGAUCUUUCUAGACUAGAUGAUGGCAGUCUAGAAUUAGACAAUGAAAUAUUUAACCUCCAUGGAGUUUUCAGAGAGGUAAUGAAUUUGGUACAGCCCAUCGCAUCUGUGAAGAAGUUGUCUAUGACUUUGAUUCUAGCCCCAGAUUUACCUGUGUGCGCUGUUGGAGAUGAGAACCGGCUUAUGCAAACCAUUCUCAAUGUUGCCAGUAAUGCAGUGAAGUUCACAAAGCAGGGCUAUAUUUCAAUUAUAGUGUCUGUUGCGAAACCAGAAUCUUCAAGAGACUGGCAACCACCGGAGUUUUAUCCAGCGUCAACUGAGGGCCACUUCUACCUACGAGUUCAGGUUAAGGAUUCCGGCUGUGGUGUUCUCCCAGAAGAUAUUCCUCAUGUUUUCACCAAGUUUUCUCAGCCCCGAAAUGGAUCCAAUCGAACAAACGAGGGUGCAGGACUUGGACUUGCCAUUUGCAAACGGUUUGUAAACACCAUGGGAGGUCAUAUUUGGAUUGAAAGCGAGGGUAUCGACAAAGGGAGUAUCGUUGCAUUCAUCGUCAAACUGGGGAUAUGCGACAAUCAUAGUGAUACAACAACGCACCAGGUCCAGAUGCCACCUAAAGGACAAGCAAAUUAUGGAAGCGGAGAUCUCGUUGGACGCAAACCAUCCUUUAGGGAUCGGUUUGGCUCAAGUUCAUCGAAUGCACGUUAUCAAAGAAGUCUUUGAAUGCCAGUGGUCAGAGUCAUCCAUGUUUGCUGCUUGACAGAGACAUUAGCUCAACCUGGGAAUUUUGAUUUAGCUUGUUAAGGUUGGAAGAAAUCUGUAAGUUUCAAAGUUUAGCAAUUAGCACAAUCAUACUUGGAAUGUAACACUGAACGAUGCCGUUUAUAACUGUUAAUCAUCAUC